AUGGAUUCCCUACUUUUCAUUCUUCUGUUGUGUGUGGAAUUGAGUAAUUGCGCAAGCGGGGAGAACAAUAAUUUCGAUUUUGAGAAACAAUGGAAGUUGAUAGCUGUACUUCUCUCCGUCGGAAUUUUAAUCAUGUUAGUAGUGGUUGUGUUCCUACUAUGCAUGAUUCUCAUGCUGAAUUCACAACAUACGUCUUCUGCCAGGAGUUCUAGAAGCAAACAAAAAACAGAAACGGACGUAGAGUCUGCCACACCAAUGCUACCAGUAGAAACCGUUCUAGAUAUUGAAGAUGUUACUGGUGUGAAUCCAAUUUAUAAAACAAAAUCAUCAAAUCUGGAAAUAUCAAGAACUAUUCAAACCACUUCAUGUCAUACUAUUCAAAGGGGAAAGAUGAAAAUGUGGCAACCGAGAAACGAAGAAGAUAGGGCUAGACGUUUGAGAGUUUUUGUGAAAAAAAUGAUUGAUCCCAAUGACCCGGUUCAGCAAACUAUGAUCAAGCAGGAAUUAUUAACGAUGAUAAGACUAGACAAAAAUCCAAAUAUUCUAGCAUUUGUUGGAAAUGUGAUGGAAGGAGAUCAAAUUUCCAUUAUCUCCGAAUAUUGUGAAGGGGGUUCUCUACUACAGUUUGUCAAGCAAUUCCGGGGAUCUCGAGAUUUUACCGAUCAGCUAAUUCACGCAAGAGUUGAGAAUAAUGAGCAGAACACGGAUAGCUACAACUGGAAUAACCAAGUCUUGGAUAGCAACUUGAAAGUGUUUUGUACAUUUGAUCUUCUAUCAAUUUCUUAUCAAAUCUGUUCUGGUAUGAAAUGUUUAUCUGGAAAUAGCUUCGUACACCGACAGUUGUCUCUUCGCAACAUUUUCAUCACGGCCAACAAAACAAUUCGAAUCGGGAACUUCAGUUUAGCAAGACCACAUGGAAACAAUGCAUAUUACAGAAUCAACAAUGUCAACUUGAAAAUUCCAAUCUCUCACCGGGCGCCUGAAACUUUAGAAGACUCGAGAUUUGUUGAGCAAUCGGAUGUUUGGUCAUUUGCUGUUUGUCUUUACGAGUUGUACUCUCUGGGAGAGUCUCCAUUUGAUGGGUUGAAUGAUAUGAAAAAAUGUUUGGAAAGAGUUGGUGAAUUGCAGAAACCAGAGUACUGUCAUCAAGAGAUAUAUGACUUCAUGCUAACAUGUUGGAAUGCGGAUCAAUUCAAAAGACCAGUUUUCUCAAAAUGUGUGGACUUCUUUGAGGAGCACAUGAAACGUUUUAACGUGCACAUUCUCGAACAAAUUCAUAUUAAACUCGAGGAAGCAUCCAGAGGACAGGCGGAACUAGUUAACUGGACAAGAAGACAAUGA